GUGACUGACUCUGGGUGCUGCGACAUGCAAUUAACCCCACCAUCCAUCCCUCCAUCCCGCCCUCCAUUCAGCCCAUCGUCAUACUUCCUUUUUUUUCUUUCCUCCCGACUUUGCACCGUUUGAGCGAACAAGCUUGCAUCUGAGAAAGGACUGCGAGUUACGUGGGUGUUAGACGACGAGAGACACGACUGAGAAGACUUGUACUUGUGCCGGAUAAACGGAUCUCCUUUCGACAAAGAGCUCCGUCCAAGCUUGUUCCUCCAACCAAGCUCUCUCCCAAGAACAACCACAUCACCACUUCUACUUCACCAACCUACAACCGCUAAAAUGGCCUCCAAGCGCAUCACAAAGGAAUUCGCCGAAGUCUCCCAAGACCCCCCGGAGGGCUUCACCGUGUCCCUGCCGCCCAACGACUCCAUCCACACCUGGCACGUCACGCUGCGGCCGCCGGCGCCGUCGGCCUACCACCCGGGCGUGUUCGGGCUCGUGCUCUCGCUGCCGGCCGACUACCCGUUCAAGGCGCCCGUCGUCAAGUUCGUCACGCGCAUCUACCACCCCAACGUCACCAAUGACUCGCUGGGCAACAUCUGCCUGGGCCUGCUCAAGCCCGACGCCUGGAAGCCCAGCACCAAGCUGCGCGCCGUGCUCGAGGCCGUCCGCAACCUGCUCGUCGAGCCGCAGCCCGACGACCCGCUCGAGGACCGCAUCGCCGACGAGUUCCGCAACAACCGCCCCGAGUGGGAGAAGAAUGUCAAGAUCCACGUCGACAGGUACGCCAAGGCCGAGCCGACUUUCCCCCCUGUAGCCUCAUGAACAGGACCGCCUGCGCAGACGGGAUGAUAUAAUACGAUGAAAUGAAACGGGACAUUGCGAGACAACAGACAUACGCAGAACGUAGUCGGGGGACGCUGCAACAGGAGGCGAACGCACAUGUAUCCGAAACACUGACAAACUAAACUCAAUACACCAGUCAAGCCAAAAGCACAUGACAUAUAAAACGUCCAUUACGGCACUGAGAAGCCAUUUAGUUUGAG